AUGCAAGGCAUGGAGUCCGUUAAAAAAUUGAAUAAAAGUGGCAGGCAAAUGUCAAAAAGCAGUGACAGCCCAAAGAAAAAGAAGAAAUUGAAGAAUUCGACUAGCUUCUCGGACAAAUGUCAAGAAAAAGAUGAGGUUGUUGCAAUGGAUGAUGUUGAAACUAUUAACUCAGAUACUGGAGACAAUGUUGAAGUUUCUGAUGAGGAAAACGUCAUCAGUGCAACCAACUGCAAGUCGGCGAAGGCUAAACACCUGCACGACCUUCAAAAGCUAAAAGAAAGCGAUCCUGAAUUCUACAAGUUUCUUCAAGAACAAGAUGCAGACCUUCUCGAUUUCCAUCCGUCUGAUGAGGAAGAAGAAGGGGAAGAGGAAGAGGAGGUGGAUGACGAAAUGGAAGGGGAGGAGACUCAACAAGAACCAAAAAACGGAAUAUCGAAAGAGCCUUCCUCUCAAAUCCCAAAAGCGAGAAAAGACAGCAGUGGUCGUCUAAUAUUUGAUGGGAACAUGCUGAACUACUUAGAAAAUGCGCUAGAUCCUGAAGACGAGAAACAACGCAUCAAUGUAGACGAUAUCAGGUUAGCGGUCGAAGCUUUCAACGCAUGCGUUGCUCGAGUGGGAGCUGACAUCGAUGCGCCAAAAUACAUUAUCAAUGAGCAGGCUGUUUUCUAUGCAACUGUACGUCUGUGCUUCGAGAAGUUGGGAGAUGCAUUUUUUACUUUAAUCACAGGAAAGGCCAAGGUAAAACUCGAACCAGGCACAAGCGAAGAGGCGACACAGCUGAAGAUGAGGAACGUUAAAAAGUACCAAACUCCCCUGAAACAGUACCUCGGUAGUGUGCUAACGUUCGCGAAUGAGGUUCAAACGCCUGACGUCAUCGUGUCGACUUUGAAAGCCAUUCGUCGAAUGACCGAUUUUUAUGCCCACUUCAAAAAAAUGGCGAAAAACCUCACCAAGGUUCUUGUCCGAAUUUGGUCUCGAAAGACCUUGGAAUGCAGGGUUGGAGCGUAUGUAUGCAUGGUACAACUUGUCAAAACUCAUCCUGAACAUUUUGUUUCCUUGUACAAGAGUUGCUACCUUGGUUUCGUGUCAAAUUCUCGCGAAGUUUCAUCUGAAACGUGGCCUAUUCUUCACUUUAUGCACAAAACAUUUGCCGAGGUGACUGUAUUGCAUCCAAAUUUGGCUUAUCCCUACGCGUUUGUUUACAUUCGACAAAUUGCUAUUCACUUGAGAAAUGCUAUUAUUUCGAAGAAACGAAAGGAUAUGGUGCGAACCGUGUACAACUGGCAAAUGAUGCAAUGCCUCUACCUAUGGACACGUGUAAUAUCAAAAGCUCACGCAGUUCACGACUGUGAAGCUAUCUGUGACCUGACCUAUCCGCUUGUUCAACUCAUCAACGGAGUGCUCAAGUUGUAUCAUUCUCUUCGAUAUAUACCGUUACGACUGCAUUGCAUCUCGUUGCUCAUUCAACUUCAAGCCAACUGCGGCAUUUUCGUACCGUCGCUGACACUAGCUGUGGAGCUCCUCGACGACGUUGUACUAAUCCUGGCGAAAAAACCGAAGAUUGUGAAAAAUGUGAAGGUGGUCGAUAUGGAAUCUUCUUUGAAGGUUGCAGCGCUCGUACUCCAAGAAAACUCUUGGCGAACAACACUUUGCGACAGUAUUUUCAGAAUCACCCUGCAGGCAGCGCAUUUGAUUUGUAGCCAGCCAAGUUUUCCCGACGUCAUUGUUCCGAUGACGUUCAGAAUCCGAAAUUUCUUGCGGAAAAUCCGUUCCGUAGAAUUUGCGCGAUGCUUUCGGGCACUGUUAGAAAAGUUAGAGGAACAGGGGAAAUUUGUCGCUGACAUACUUCUCACGAAAGAGUUCACUAUCAAGGACGAUAUUCAAGUGAUGUCCCUCCAACUCGCUUUGAAUAACCCCGACUCUCCGUUACGCACCUAUUAUCGACAAUGGGAAAAAGCGUGGCGUAUGAAACAGAAAAUGUUGUUGAAGAGCGAAAAGAAGGAGAAUACAAAGGAAGCUAAGCAAAUCACGAAGAAGAAGAACGAGAAGAAACAAAAAAUGGAACAAGAUGUAAAAGUUGAGGAGAAACCAAAAAAGAAGCGAAGGCUAAGCCAACCAGCUGCCGCUCGAGCGGAUGCGACAGUUCCUGAUCAACUUGGCGAUCUAGAAAAUUGGAGUGAUAGUGAAUAA